AAGAGAAUCAGAGAUAACCAUUUCAAAUUCAUAAAUGUACUGUGCAUAUUUAUUAACACCAUGAUAAAUACAUAUCUUAAACCUUUGGCUACACAACAUUUUUAUUUUAUUUAAACUGGACACCUAUAAAAUAUUUUCAUAUUGGUAUGCAAACUUAUUCAAUGUUUCCUCACUCUAAUUUCAAAAACAAAAACAUUGUAAUGUGUAUUUUUUUUACCGUGUAAUACAGGAAAAUAAUUGUAUCCAAACAUAAUUUAUGUUGUACUGAUAAUAAUUAUUAUUAAUGUUCAACCUGUAAAGAAAACAAACACCGAUAAUGCACUGUUUCACUGGAGGGCGCUGACACAAAGCACCAGGUGGUCAGGGAACAACUUGAGAGAGGAGGCCAUUCACGAGCCUGUUUUAGCUACACGCAACUAGCUACUGUUAGCUAGCCGGCGGCUAACGAGCAAGCUAAAACAUCAGUUUGUCUUAAUGUCGCCUGUCCUACCAAGCGAUGGCAGGAGAACAGUAUUCACAAACCGAAGCUGAACUUUAUUACCUCAUUGCCAGGUUUCUGCUGUCUGGACCUUGCAAAAAAGCAGCAAAGGUUCUGAUCGAGGAGCUGGAGGAGUAUGAGUUAAUACCUGAACGAUGGAGUUGGCACGGGGAGAAAUACAAACGGACCUUUCAAGACUGGGUGACUUUAAACCAGCACAUUCCUGCAGACUAUCUGCUCCAUGUUUGUCGGCGGAUAGGUCCGCUUAUAGAGAAGGAGAUCCCACCUAGUGUUCCUGGAGUCCAAACACUUCUUGGACUUGGAAAACAGUCCUUGCUUCGUACCACCAAAAGUUGCAGCCACAAAGUAUGCAGUGGCUCAGCUGUCGCCGCACUGCACCGAGGACGUCCACCAGAACCUCCAGUCAGCAUUGGCAACCCUCCCAAUGUUGUAUCCAUCAUGGGCGCUCGCCAGGCCACAGGCAGAGCUCGUUUCAGCCAGGCCGUUCCGUCUUCCUCCUACCAACACAUGAAGAUACACAAACGUAUCCUUGGCCACCUGUCUUCAGUCUACUGUGUAGCCUUUGACCGCACCGGCCGUCGGAUAUUUACGGGUUCUGAUGACUGCCUGGUUAAAAUCUGGGCCACAGAUGACGGCCGCCUCUUGUCCACGCUCCGCGGCCACUCGGCAGAGAUCUGUGACAUGGCCGUCAACCAUGAGAACACCUUCAUCGCCUCAGCCAGCUGUGACAAAACCAUCAGAGUGUGGUGCCUGCGUACCUGCGCACCCAUCACGGUUCUGCAGGCCCACGCUGCCUCCAUCACAUCUAUACAGUUUUGUCCUGCCAUCAAAGGGACAACGCGGUACCUGGCCUCCACCGGUGCAGACGGCAUGGUGUGUUUCUGGAAGUGGCACUCGCUCAGCAUGAAAUUCCAGGAUCAACCAGUCAAGUUUGUUGAGCGUUCACGUCCAGGAGCACAGGUCUCCACUUCCUCUUUCAGCAGUGGUGGUAUGUUCAUGGCAACCGGUGGCACUGAUCAUCUGAUCAGAGUCUACUACCUUGGUGGGGAAACUCCUGUGAAGGUCUCUGAGAUGGAUGCGCACACGGAUAAAGUUGUAGUCGUCCAAUUUAGCAAUAACAGCGACAGUCUAAGGUUUGUGAGCGGCAGUCGUGACGGUACAGCCAAGAUCUGGCAUUACCAGCAACAGGAGUGGAAGAGUGUCACUUUAGACAUUAGUGCCAGGCUCCCCGGGAGUGCUGUCGCCAAUGGAGAUGAUAAAACUAAGCUGGUGGUUACCAUGGUGGCGUGGGACCGUGCAGACAGCACCGUCAUCACAGCGGUAUCAAACUUCCUGCUCAAAGUGUGGAGCACCACCACGGGACAGCUGCUGCAUGUCUUAUCUGGUCAUGACGACGAGUUGUUUGUGCUGGAGGCUCAUCCAUUUGACUCCCGCAUCAUGCUGUCUGCUGGCCACGAUGGCAACAUUUACAUGUGGGACCUCGCCAAAGGAGCCAAGAUCCGUAACUACUUCAACAUGAUUGAAGGGCAAGGCCACGGUGCUAUUUUUGACUGCAAGUUCUCCACUGAUGGACAGCAUUUUGCCUGCACUGACUCACACGGCCAUUUGCUCAUCUUUGGCUUUGGCUGCAGCAGACGAUAUGAGAAGAUUCCUGAUCAGAUGUUCUUCCACACGGACUACCGACCUCUCAUCCGUGAUGCUAAUAACUACGUUCUGGAUGAGCAGACGCAGCAGGCUCCACACCUCAUGCCUUCACCCUUCCUGGUGGACAUUGAUGGGAAUCCUCACCCUCCUCACUACCAGCGCCUGGUGCCAGGGAGAGAGCAGUGCCAGGAGGACCAGCUGGUACCCCAACUAGGAUACAUGGCUAACAGUGAGGGAGAGUUGGUUGAGCAGGUACUUGGCCAGCAAACAGCAGAAAACAGAGAAAGCAUUUUGGACAAUCUGAUCAGACAGUUGCAGGAUGAGCAGGACGGGCGUGAGAUCGAAGAACCGCCAGCUGAAGGAGCGGAAGAAGGAAACGAAGCAGAGGGGGAGGCUUCCUCUGUGGCUGGUACCCCCCGCAGGAGUGGGCAGGUGGACGGGGUGUGGCAGAUGCAGCAUAACGUCCUGCCGAGUCAGGUGGCCACCGAAAGGGACCUGCUGGCCUGGAGCCGCAGGGUGAUGGUCAACGAGGUGCCGCGUGGGAUCUCCAGAUCUGUGGAGCAGUGCAGAAAAGCCAAAGGCGACAUGGAAUGUUCUCUUUACAACGCAGAGAGGCGGAAGAAGCCAGUGUCCUGCACACCAAUGAGCGAUCAGCCGACUUCUCGCAUGCGAUCCCUGCGGCCGUCCAAGAAAAAGCAGCAGCGCCACGCCUAUCAGACACGCUCGGCUCAAGUCCGUCGUCCUCGGCGGAGUCGAAAUUCCAGCAACCAACUUGAAACUGAGAGCCAGGUGGACUCUGAUAGCGAAGGAAAUGCAGCAGAGCAGGCGGAGCAAAGCGAAGCGUCCUCUGAUGGUGAAGCUCAGUGGCAGAAUGAAAGCAGCUCCGGUGACUCCUCCAGUGAGUAUUCUGAUUGGACAGCCGAUGCUGGGAUCAACCUGCAGCCGCCGAAGCGACCAACCAGGAGGCCCGUACAACCGCGGGGUUACAGCAGCUCGGAGGAGGACGAGGAGGAGGACGAGGAGGAGGAAGGAGAUGGCAAGGCAAAGGAGCCCAGGAAGAAGGACAACGAGAAAAAGAAGAAGCCUAAGGAGACCAAACAGAAACCCACGUCCUCUCUGGCUGGACUUGAUGCAGAGGAGUGGCUGCCACCAGCAUGGAUAAUGGAGACCGUCCCACAUCGCUCUCCUUUUGUUCCACAAAUGGGAGAUGAGCUCGUCUACUUCAAACAGGGCCACCAGGCUUAUGUCCGCGCUGUCCGCAGGGCUAAGGCUUACAGCAUCAACCCUCAGAAGCAGCCAUGGAACAGACUUGACCUCAGGGACCAAGAAUCUGUGAAGGUGGUUGGAAUUAAAUAUGAAGUUGGACCUCCCACCCUCUGCUGCCUAAAGCUGGCUUUCGUGGACUCAGUCUCAGGGAAGAUGACCAGUGAAUCUUUCUCCUUAAAGUACCAUGACAUGCCAGAUGUCAUAGAUUUUCUGGUACUUCAGCAGUUUUACAACGAAGCUAAAGAGCACAACUGGCAACCAGAGCUGGAGAGAUGUAUUUUUGCUCCUCUGCAGGCUGAGUUGGAGGUGGACUCUGACACUCCGGGCACCUCAACAGGAAAUCUGGGAGCCAACCAGAAUUCCAAGAAGCGCGGUGUGGUUUUGGAUGUGAAAUUUUGGCGUGGGCAAUGCAAAGACCUGACGCGUCGAAUGAUGGUGUCACCAGCCUCAGAGCCGUUCAGGCGGCCCGUGGACAUCUUUGAGUAUCCGGACUAUCGGAACAUCAUCGACACUCCCAUGGAUCUGGCUUCAGUGUCAGAGACGCUGGGCGCAGGGAAUUAUGAAAGCCCAGUGGAGUUUGCCAAAGAUGUGCGCCUCAUUUUCAGCAACUCCAAAGCAUACACGCCCAACAAGAAAUCACAGAUCUACACCAUGACCCUCAGCUUGUCGGCCUUCUUUGAAAGAAACAUAAUCUCCAUCAUCUCCGACUACAAGUCUGCCGUACAGAAUGAGCGGCGGACCCGUCAGAGACUGAGUUACAGGGACAGGAUGCACAACGGAGGCAGCUCCCCGCCUUUAAGUCCCUCCCCCAGCUCUAAAGGGAAGCACAAGUCAGGGAGGGUGUCGAAGCCAAAAAAAUCCCAGACCUCAACGAAGACUCGUUCUCGGAGAUCACGCCAGGCCCAGCAAAGCAGUAGUGUAGCAGAGGAGGAGGAGGAAGAGGAGGAAGAAGAGGAGGACGACAUCCAGCCUGCUUCCCCAGAAUCAGGGACGAGUGGCGAGAGCGGAAGCCAAGAGCCGCUCCGGGUGACCCGCAGCCAGGCAACUCCAGUGAAGAAAUCAGGGCACAGGCGUAACCUUCAUCUCAGCAACGGCUCCAGACAACGCCGCGGUCGAGAAGUGCCACAGGCCGCCGACGACGAUGAUGAUGAAGAUGAGGAGGAAGAAGAGGGGGAGGUGGUAGUAGUAGCAGCAGCUGUGUCUGGGCCCAACAGCUCCUCAUCAGAUUCAUCCUCCAGCUCAUCGUCCUCCUCUUCAUCGUCGUCGUCGGAGGACAGCGAGAACAGCUCCGAGUCUGAGAUGGAGAAGUUUGUCGAAGGCGGAGAUCACGACUACAGCAAAGCCCCCUGCCUGUCGCUACGCCUCUCUGUUAAGGGUAAGGGGGCGGCAUCAGGGAAAAGGAGACACAAAGGGGGAGGGGACGCGGCACAGGGACCUAAAAGGGCACGAGUGCAGCCACCAGUAGAAGAAGAAGAGGAGGAGGAGGAGGAUGCUGGGGAAGAAGAAGAAGAAGAGGCGGAGGAGGAGGGUGGUGAAGAUGGAGAGGUGGAGGAUGGAGAGGUGGAAGAAGAAGAAGAGGAGGAGGAGGAGGAGGAAGAAGAAGAGGAGCAGCAGCAACCGGUGGCUGUACAACAUGUAGAGAAUGAAGCAGAGGAGGAUGAAGAGGAGGAGCCUGAGGAAGAGGAGGAGCCAGAGGAGGAGGAGGAGGAGGAGGAAGAUCCCGAUGGGGAGGAGGACGAAGCACAGGGAGGGGCUGCGGGAGCUAGCAGUCUGAGGGGCAGCCGGUGUAAGUCUCGCCGGGUGAGCACUCGUAACCAGGGCCGCAGGACAGUUCUGUACCGGGACGAGUCUGAGGAUGACGGCCACGGGUCCAAGGAAGACCCCCUCAACCUAGGCCGGUCCCGCUCAGGGAGGGUCCGCAAAAUGACAGAGAAAGCCCGCGUCAGCCACCUCAUGGGCUGGACUCACUGACCUCAAGAGAAACUGUCUAACAUGAGUAAUACUUCAGGGAUUCUUUUCUUUCUUUUGUACAAGUGUAUAUAUAAUAUAUAAAUGAUUUGAUCCUAGACUGCUAAUGACUCUCACACUGAUCGCUGGUGCUCAUGAUGUGUUGCCAUGGAGGAGUUUCCUUCUCUCCACACUCUCCAGCUGGACUAACUCACCUCAGCCUUACUGCUCGCUGCUCCUCUUCCUCCUCUUGUGUGUUUCACGUCUAGGAAUAAACACUACAGCCCCCUCUUCUCUUCCUCCUGGUCACCAAAGAAGGAUGCGGUGAUGCCAAAUAUGGUGCUCAUAUUUUACUUCUCUGUUAUUGUUUUUUCUCAGCGAGUAAUCUCACAGAACUCUUCAUGGUAGUGGUGGUUCGGUCAUGACCGCGGUGAGAUGUGUGCAGUGUCACCGAUGUCAACCUUUUUUGGCACUUUACUCACAACCACGAGCCUUUGUUUGAAGAGCUCACCUCAUUCAGAUUUGUUUCCAUCUGCAGCUCAAGUGUAGUAGACACUAGCAAUACUUCAGUGACUGCAGUCAGUAGAACACAGAUCCACAGAAAUAUCCCAGCUCUCCUCGGACAAUUUGACGUCCUUGGCCCGUGAAUGUUUAUUGUUUUCCCUGCUUCCCUCCUGGUGGUGUUGACUGUUUUAUCAGUUCUUCAAUUCUGCUAGAAUUGGGUGCUUUUUUAUUCUUUCAGUUUUUUUAUUUUUAAGGGAAAAAAGAGAUUUUUAUUGGGUAAAAAGCCACUGCAUCCUGUUUUGGAUUUGUCGUACUCCCUGGUGGAUCAGACCCGCAUCAGUUUAUUCAUGGUUGCUUUCAAUACAACUUCUCCAUCCAGCAUGUGCAAAAACAAAGGGUCCCUGGCGUACUCUCUUCCACAAUAAUAUUUAUUUUUCCAUUGUAUUAUACUAAGGUUACUUUUUCGCACGCUGAGUGAUGAGGAAAAUAUUUGCACAUUUAUCUACACCUUCUGGCAGCUGAGUAGUAAAGAUACUGGAGAAAGAGAGGAUUAUUGUGUAAGAAUGUUGAAACUGUGCCAGGAUACCUUCAGUCUUUUUUUAAUAGUUUGAACAAUUAAAACAAAAGGAACUUUUUUUAACCUGUGUGUGAUAGAGCUAGCUGGCCACAUUAAUCAUGAUUUCUAUUGGCUUUAACCAAUUUAGCAAAUACUGAUUAGCCCUAGUAGGUUGUGCCAUUUAUUCCCUCUUGUUUUAUCCACCUAUGGACUGAUGGGUAGAUAAUAUGCACAUUAUACUACCUUUUCCCACUACAAUCAGGCAUAAUGUUGGUGUCAGAAUCAUCGUGUGGAGCUUUUCUGCAUGGUUGUAUAACAAGUGAUUCCUCAUUUUGCAAUCAGCACGGGUUUCUCAUGGAAUUGCAUAGUAUUGGAUACCUUGUUGGUGCACCAAUAUUGUUUACUGUGGCCGUUGUUUGGUAAAUCUUCUGACACAUCAGGGGAAAAGCUGACUCACAAAUUGUCAUUUUUAACACUGGGUGCUCUAAUCCAAACACCUCAUCAUUCAUAGGAGAGAGGUUUUUUUUUGGUUUUUUUCUUGAGCUGAAGAGUUUGAGUUUCAGGUGCUCAGAAAAACACACAAAUCAGCAUCUAGGGUGCUCCAGGCGGCAGCAUUACCCGCCUUCUUGGAAUGACUUGCCGUUUGUGAGAAGACUGAUUCAUAUUUUUGGGAAUCUUAUUUUCAUAUAGUAGCUGGCUCUUAGUCUCGCCUCGAAGCGUCAGAUUAGUUGACUAAAACAUUCUAUUGUAGAUGGAGUAAGAAUAUGUGACCUGUCUUUUAUACAAAAUGUUUUGAUUGUAACUGUUUUCUUUUUUUAAUAAAAAAACAUGUAAAAUGAA